UCGGAGAGAGUAUUGGCAUGAUGAGCAUUGCUUUACUAUUUUGACAAGCCAUAUUACAGCGCUACUUUGGAACCUGGUUGGAAGCUAAUCAAUCUGUUUGAACUUUUAUUCACAAGACAUAAACCAGACGGGGAGAAGAAGUAGUUGGACUAAUUAGCCUACUAACCCAAAUUAAUAACCUAACUGUAAACUGACACAACAAGCUACGUAUACGUUUUCAUCUUUUUCAAUCCGAAAGGGUUUUUGCUUCUGGACAUGUGAAUCAAAGGAGUUACUGCGAACCCCUGAAAAUGAAGUUACUAGCAUCGGUUCUUUGUUGCUUCGGCUUUCUGCUCACUUCUGCGAUGUUUCGGACGAGCUCUUCACAAGCAGCAUGCCUAGAUCAUGGAAAUGAAAGACAAACAGGGGAGUACCUCUCCACACUUUGAAAAGAGUGUCAAAUGAUGUAGCAGAGCAGGGGAAGUCAAUCAGAUCAGUUGCAAAGUUGUAUGGCAUAUGUCAUGUGACGCUGUACAGAUUCUGCAAAGAGAUAAACAAGCUACUGGAGAAGAGGUUGAAAGAACUUCCUCAUUUAGGCUACCGUGGGAACAGGGUCUUUAUGGAUGAGCAGGAGCGUUAUCCGAAUAUCUCUUGAGAGCAGCUGAUAUAUGCCCACUGUGCCCAUUGCUAUACAGCCCACGUCUCCAGCUGCCAUCCAGCCCACUGUGCCCAUUGCUAUACAGCCCACGUCUCCAGCUGCCAUCCAGCCCACUGUGCCCAUUGCUAUACAGCCCACGUCUCCAGCUGCCAUCCAGCCCACUGUGCCCAUUGCUAUACAGCCCACGUCUCCAGCUGCCAUCCAGCCCACUGUGCCUAUUGCUAUACAGCCCACGUCUCCAGCUGCCAUCCAGCCCACUGUGCCCAUUGCUAUACAGCCCACGUCUCCAGCUGCCAUCCAGCCCACUGUGCCCAUUGCUAUACAGCCCACGUCUCCAGCUGCCAUCCAGCCCACUGUGCCCAUUGCUAUACAGCCCACGUCUCCAGCUGCCAUCCAGCCCACUGUGCCCAUUGCUAUACAGCCCACGUCUCCAGCUGCCAUCCAGCCCACUGUGCCCAUUGCUAUACAGCCCACGUCUCCAGCUGCCAUCCAGCCCACUGUGCCCAUUGCUAUACAGCCCACGUCUCCAGCUGCCAUCCAGCCCACUGUGCCCAUUGCUAUACAGCCCACGUCUCCAGCUGCCAUCCAGCCCACUGUGCCCAUUGCUAUACAGCCCACGUCUCCAGCUGCCAUCCAGCCCACUGUGCCCAUUGCUAUACAGCCCACGUCUCCAGCUGCCAUCCAGCCCACUGUGCCCAUUGCUAUACAGCCCACGUCUCCAGCUGCCAUCCAGCCCACUGUGCCCAUUGCUAUACAGCCCAUGUCUCCAGCUGCCAUCCAGCCCACUGUGCCCAUUGCUUACAGCCCACGUCUCCAGCUGCCAUCCAGCCCACGUCUCCAGCUGCCAUCCAGCCCACGUCUCCAGCUGCCAUCCAGCCCACGUCUCCAGCUGCCAUCCAGCCCACGUCUCCAGCUGCCUCCCAGCCCACGUCUCCAGCUGCCUCACAGCCCACGGUCUCCAGCUGCCUCACAGCCCACGUCUCCAGCUGCCUCACAGCCCACGGUCUCCAGCUGCCUCCCGGCCCACGUCUCCAGCUGCCUCCCGGCCCACGUCUCCAGCCGCCUCCCGGCCCACGUCUCCAGCCGCCUCCCGGCCCACGUCUCCAGCCGCCUCCCGGGCCACCUCUCCAGCCGCCUCCCGGGCCACCUCUCCAGCCGCCUCCCGGGCCACCUCUCCAGCCGCCUCCCGGGCCAACUCUCCAGCCAUCUCCCGGGCCACCUCUCCAGCCGCCUCCCGGGCCACCUCUCCAGCCGCCUCCCGGGCCACCUCUCCAGCCGCCUCCCGGGCCAGCUCUCCAGCCGCCGUCCGGGCCAGCUCUCCAGCCGCCGUCCGGGCCACCUCUCCACCUGCCGUCCGGGCCACCUCUCCACCUGCCGUCCGGGCCACCUUUCCAGCUGCCUUCCGGGCCACUUCACAAGGCAGCUGUGUAUCAGGCUGUGGAUGGGAAACAUCUGAUUACUCUUCUGAUUUCAACCUAGUUGAUAUAUGCCCCUUCCCAAAAGCAGAGCCCAGGAAAAUUACAAGUGGUAGGAAGAGGAGAAAAACUGUGAUUUUGACGGAUACACCCAUCAGGCAGGCACUGGAAGAAGAGCAUAAAAAGUCCGGCACUCAGAAGGCAAAAAUGUAAAUAGUCCUGUCUAAAAAAAACAGCAGGAAAGAAGCAAGCCAAGACAAACAACACUGAACAACAACAAAAAACUGUCCUUCGUAAGAAAACAGCCAAAACAAAGUACAUUGAACCAGAAGAUUCAGAUUCCUCCAACGAGGAAAGUUUCCGCAUUGUGUGCAUGGAGCACUUUAACAAUUCCAAGUACAAAGUCUGGGUGCAGUGUUGGGAAUGCAGAUAAUGGGCCCACCAAGCCUGUAACGCAGGACAGCCAUACCACUGUCACCAUAGAGGUGGGUGAAGGAAGGACGGCUCACAAUAAUGGCUGGAACAGAGGAAAUGGAAUGGCAUCAAAUACUUGGAAACCAUGUGUUUUGUUUUAUUUGUUACCAUUCCACCCAUUCCGCUCCAGCCAUUACCACAUCCCAUCCUCCACAACUAAGGUGCCACCAACCUCCUGUGCAUUGUCACAAUUGUGACUCUGAUUAAGUGAACAUGUCCAACAUUCAGUCAGACAGACAGACACCACAAACGUUCAGGUGUUUAGUUUAAUUGUUGUUUGGUUGAGAAAGACCAUUUAGUGGAGGGUAAAAUAAUAAACAUUUUAUUAUUUAUAUUUAUUAUUAUUUAUGCCAAACAAAAUGUUAAACAUGACAAUGUUGCUCUCAUGAUCUCAAUAAAGGCGUUCAAUAAUUA